AUGGAGAUUCCUACACAACAACCGUCAACGGGCGGCAAUGACGUCGCCGCCUUCAAGAAGUUUGAUGCCUACCCUUGGAUCAAGGACCGUUCCUUUCUUCAAGGGCUGGUAGCCAUGCUGGGCCCUCUCUCAAACGGGUUCGAGCGCCAAAAGGCUCUUGGCAUCUCUCUCCAAGCCCGCGUCUGGUGGUACAAGUCCCGCUUCAGUAUCGACAUCGACCGGUCCGCCUACGAGAACUAUCUUCUCCCUUCGUCAUCUCCUUCGACACCCUCGCACUCACAAAUUCCCAAUUCGCCAGUCGACGCCCAGCUAGUUGACAAGCUCGCCGAGAUCCAGCAGCUCAUGGGCACUACCCCUGUCUCAGCAUCAGAUGACGAUCUACCCGCUUGGCAAGUCCAGGCUCCCAAGGUGGAUUUACUCAAAAAGGCCGAUGAUGGUGACGCCGAUGGUGCUGAAAGGGGAGCCAAUGGUAAUGCUCCUUACCCGGAGCGUUUCAACGCCAUCAUUGAGCUCAUCACGAAUGGGACGCCGGUCCCUGGCAUCAAGGAGAUUCCUAAUACGGUUGUCAGGCAGCCUGGUAUUUCUCCCAUUGGAAAGAUGCAAGCUCCCCAGAAGCCCUGGGAGAAGAAGCAACAACAAGCUGCAGCCGCGAACCUCGUCACUUCCGAGGUCAUGAUCGAUCGUGAAUUCCCUCCCCUCCCACCUGAGGACGAGGAGCAAGAGCAUCAGCGAGACCAGCCACAGAAGAUGGGAGCCUAGUCAGUUUCCGCUCGUGACGGCUUUCCCCCCAAGAUGUGCGCGGCAGCACAUAUCAAGAUUGGUCGUAUUUCCAUGAUUAGACGUCAUCUCUUAUUCUCAAACCUAGUGAAGUACCCGAGCCACAUGAUGAGCUCGUCCCUCAUCAGGGGCAAGAUGAUGCGUAAGAUGGUGCUAGAGUGUGAGGACGGAGUGCAUAGCAUGGUAUAGAGUCGUGGUUUUGGCAGCGGUUUCAUUACUUGCAUAUAUAUCAAUGAGCAGAUGGCAAUGCUCUCUGUGGGGUUCCUGCUCGUUUCUCCGUUAGUAUCCCCCAAGUCAUGAUCUGGCAAAUCCAGAUUUGGGAGGUUCUUACGUAGAUGUGGCGGUCCACUGGCGGGCAACGAUCUUAUUGAGCAGAUGGCAAUGCUUACUGGGCGGCCGCUAUACAUGGCUUCAUGGGAUACAUCCAGCAUGUUUUGGCGCACAAAGAUUUGACUUUCUGGUCGUGUAUCUCACGUUGUUU